CCCGCUGCCUUCUCGAAGUCGGUUUGAAGGCAAUCGGUGAUUGUGGACGGCGCUUUGUCAUGGGACCUGUGCGGUUGGCAGUAUUGCUUUUCACUUUGGCCUUGUACGGGGCUUGGGCUGGGACGCCGAAGGAGGAGGACGAUGACACAGAACGCUUGCCCAGCAAAUGCGAAGUGUGUAAGCUGCUGAGCAUGGAGCUACAGGAGGAGCUGAGUCGCACUGGCCGAUCUCGAGAGGUGCUGGAGCUGGGGCAGGUGCUGGACACAGGCAAGAGGAAGAGACAAGUGUCUUACAGCGUUUCGGAGACAAGGUUGGAAGAGGCCUUGGAGAAUUUAUGUGAACGGAUCCUGGAUUAUAGUGUUCAUGCUGAGCAUAAAGGCUCACUGAGAUAUGCCAAGGGUCAGAGUCAGACCAUGGCAACUCUAAAAGGCCUAGUGCAGAAGGGGGUGAAGGUGGAUCUGGGGAUCCCUUUGGAGCUGUGGGAUGAACCCAGCGUGGAGGUCACGUUCCUCAAGAAGCAGUGUGAGACGAUGCUGGAAGAGUUUGAAGAAGUCGUGGGAGACUGGUACUUCCACCAUCAGCAGCAGCCCCUACAGCAGUUUCUCUGUGAAGGUCAUGUGCUCCAAGCUGCUGAAACUGCAUGUCUGCAGGAAACUUGGACUGAAAAGGAGCUCACAGAUGGGCAAGAGAAGACAGAAGAGGAGGAGGAGGAGGAAGGGGAGGAGGAGGAAGAAGAAGAAAAGAUGACCAAGACACCAGGCCACUCCAAGCACGACCCAGAAGAUCUUUGACUAUUACCUUUGAGCCCCCAGAAAGGUCAGGGAUUAUGGAGAAGAACCCUCUGAAAUCUGAGCUCUCCCUGCCCCCACAGCUUUAAGGGUGUGUGUUUGUGUGUGACCCCACCCCAAAGCUUGUAGCCGUUCUCUCCCAUCUGCCCUCAGGCAGGAUGCUUGUGAUGCACCACAGGAUGGUAAGUGGAAUUCCUGCUCCCAAGGUCAGCCCUCUACCUGUCAUCCAGCCCCUUACUUGGCAGGUUUGUGUGGUGACGGUACUGAAGCCUUUCCCCUUUAAAUAUGUCUACUCCCCACCCCCAGCCAGAGGUCAGUAUUUGCAUUGGAACCGUGGGUCUAGGGAAAGUCACUUUGCCUGCCCCUCGGGGAAUCUGUUCUUAGACCCUCACAAAUAAGAGGCCAGAAGUGACAUUCUCCGCAGCCCAUAUACACAAGCCUAUGUCCAGGACACUACGUGCCAGCAAACUUAACAAGAAUAGGACACUGGGUGGGAAUGAGGCGAUGCUGAUAAGUGGGGUAGAUACCGGGUCUACUUCAUAUUAAUUUCACCGAGGGCCCACCAUAAAAUUUCACAGGUGCCAAAUUUUCUGUAAUGAGAACUUUUUUGUUUUGGUGGCUGGCCGAUACAGGGACCGAGCCCUGGUCCUUAGUGUUUAAUCAGCUGAACUAAUCGGCUUCAGGAGCCAAUUUUUCUAUAUCGCUAUUAAACUCUUUUUAAAAAAGUA